GCUAUUUCGCGUUAUUCGCGUUACACUCGCAAUUAACGCUUAUAUUUUACAGGAACCGUUGUGAAAUAUAGACCUGUAAAAUGAUAAAUUAUUUACAGGACCCGAUUUUACAGGAAAUUUUUACAGGCACCGCUGCGAAUGCUCUUACAACGCAGUUACUUUCGGCCCCGCCUGCUGCUGUAACUUUCCUCGUAAUAUUACUAUGCGGAUUUCUUGCAGAUCGCGGAAAUAAACGAGCUGUUAUGGUCAGCUCUGGAGCAGGCAUUAUGGUUCUUGGUUACACUAUGUUAAUGCUUCUUCGUGAUCGUUGGGCGUGCUAUGCUGCUCUUUUCAUCAUUGCUGCAGGUAUCGGUGUUGAAGCACCCGUUGGUGUUAGCUGGUCAGCUAUCAAUUACCCGGAUUUGACAGUUCGUGCUGUAGCCGUUGCAUUAGUUAACAUGAUGGGAAACUUCGGAAACGUGAUUGCCUCUUUUAUCUACACUGUUCCAGGAGACACAAAUCACACUUUCGGUCACACCUUUAAUUUGAUCUCUGCUCUUGGUACUGCCUUUUUUGCAGUAUUCAUUGGCUUGUUGCUGCGCCGGCAAAAUCGUCGACUUGAACAAGCAUCGUCAUUUUCAUAUGUAGAAAAGAGCGACAUGCAACAGCGACAGCGGCAAUUUCGGGUUUACUACUAGUAGAGGACCUUCUAGGCUAGUUAAUAAGAAUUUAUUGCGAAAGUAUACAGAGAAGAGAUGAGAGAAGGCGGGUUUGAGGAGACGUAAAGGGAGGUGUUGGACGAAUGCAUCGCACCAGUAGCGAUUAUAUCAUUUACAAAUGAUGGUUUAUCUAAAAGUCGUCAUCAGAG